UGGCUGUUCCAGUCUUCAACAUGGCGGACGCAGACACAGUAAAGGCUCUGAACGGUUUACUAAAUGGCAUUGCACAAAAGGUUUAUUAUAACAAAUUGGAGAUUACCGAGGAACUUCUGAAGAAUGAGCUGUAUCCUGAUCUGUCUCAAGAUGAGUUCCACGCUUUGCACGAGAAGAUGAGGGGGCUCGUGAAGUCCAUCGCCACCGCAGACAUGGACCAGGCUCAGCUGGAGGCCUUCCUGACCGCCCAGACCAGGAAGCAGGGCGCCUCGGGAGGCCUGACCCCAGAGCAGUCAUCCGCCCUAUCACGCUUCUGGAAGGGCCACCGGGGCCGCGUACGGGAGAGCCUGAUUGGCCAGAGCCGCUGGGAGCCCGCCCUCCGGGGCCUGAGCUGGAGGGUGGACGUGCAGACGGCGUCGUCUUCCGGCAGCCAGCAGGGGGAGUCGUCGAGUAGCUCUGCAGCUGUGGCGCUGGUGGAGAUGGAGAUAGGCAGGCAAGGAGAGGAGUCGAACUUUGUGUGUGUGGAGCUGGACGAGGCUAAGGUGAACCACGUGCUGAAGAGGAUGGCCGAGAUUCAGGAGAGCAUAGACAACAUCGUGCACAAGACCUAGUGUGCGUGUGCGUGUGUGAGAGAGUGUGUGUGUGUGUGUGUGUGUGUGUGUGUGUGUGUGUGUGUGUGUGUGUGUGUGUGUGUGUGUG